ACGAGACGCGAUACUGCGUGCGUGAGCGGCGCCUCCACUUCAACUUCCGCACACUAGUAUGAACAGGACGAGGGGACCACUGUUAAUCUUUAACCACUGUUAAUUUAGUCGAGACAGUUGGGACAAAAUGUCGGAUUCAGACUCUGAUUUUGAAUUUGCUAUGGACUGGGACGACAGCAGACCCAUUUUGGAUGCGAGGCAUGUUGUCGCCCUCCGUCCAUCGGAGGGAGUUGUUGAUCGAUGGGGCAGUAUACCUGCUGAUGUCAAACAAGAAGCCGGACAGCGCAUGAAAAUCUGUACCUUCUGGCUUCCCAUUCUGCUGCAGCAUGAUGAGUCCAACCAUACUGCUGCCUGGGCUCUACAAAUAGGUCUUAUUGAUGCCAAGGAAAGGGAAGAUAUAAGUAUGAAGCGCCUGCACAGGAUUGAAAUACUUGAAGCAAUCCUCAGAGCCUUGGAGAAAGGAAGUUUUAAAAGGGAGCCAACAAAGCACGUUUUCUGGAUAAGCAACAUGUUUAACUUGCGUUCCCCAGAGGUCUUGGAGGACGCUUUGCUCUGGUUGGAGCGAACAGGAGAACCUGCUAUUCGUCGCCGCGUCCUGGAACUCGGCCACAUAAACACAUGCUUCAUAGCCCUGCACCUUAUCUUCACUGAGUUUGCUAAGUAUAUUGAGGAGAUGGGUACCAACCUCGACAGGACAAUGAGGUCACUGUUGGCUCGACCAGAUGACUAUUACAUAGAGAAAAGUGAAGAAAUGAAGAUGAAAGGAAAUGAGAACUUUCAGAAAAGUCAGUACGAAGAUGCUGUGAAGUUUUAUUCCAAAGCCAUCAAAUAUUAUCCUGAUAACCACAUAAUUUAUGGAAACAGAGCCCUAUGCUAUAUCCGCUGUCAGAAGUAUCUAAAAGCAGUGGGUGAUGGAAAACGUGCUACACUGAUAAAACCACUCUGGGCGAAGGGUCACUACCGCUACUGCGAGGCUCUGUUCUCCUUGGGCGAGGUCAAAAAUGCUAUUGAAGCAAACAUCUCAGCCCAGAGUCUGUGUAGGGACGACAGUGAAGGAAUAAAAGACUUGGAACAACAACACGUCAAAUUCAUGGCUGAAACGGCAAAACCCAAAGUUGGAAGACCAAAGAGUAAGAAUAAAAGACCAGGCAGCACGAACAGAGAUGCAGUGGAGUCGCGACAACAGACUGAAAAAUCAGUUAAACCCGCUGUGGUAACAAACGAAGCUCCACAGAGCAAGGUCUCCGAGGUUAAAACAGACAAGCAACCAGGGAGAAAUGAACAGCCCACACAGAUGAAGAGCAGCACUACAGAUUCUAAACCCUCAAUAAGUGAGAUGUCUUCAAAGAAUGGAAAAGGGGAUUCCAAUGCCACAGCAAAGACGAAAUCAAAGAAUAGGAGUCAUCAGGCUGCAGAUGGGAAGCCCAAAGUGGCCGAUGGUAAAGCUGGUGUGUGUAAAGAGUUGAAAACGGUGGUGCAGGACGCCUAUACGGCUCUGGCCGACACCCGCAGUCGCAACGCAGAGAACGCCUUCAGCCAGGCUCUGGCCAUACUGGAAACCAACACACCUAAGGAACUUGGACUUUCCACACUGGAUGUACUGUUGCUACUGUACGGCCGUGCAUCUGCCCUGACAGAAAUCGGCCAACCUGAGGAACUUGCAGAAGCACUAAAACUUAUGGAGAAGAUGAAAUCCUUCGAGGAGAGAACGUUUCAGUGUCUGGUUUGCUACGCCACUGGGGGGGUGUAUCUCAAAGAGAACAGGUUUGCAGUUGCUCUGGAGCAGUUUUCAGAUUCUUUGCAGAUGGUGAAGAAUCAAAUAACUCCUGGUAAACUCACCUGGCCUUUAACAAAAGAGAUUGUCAAAGAAACACAACCAGACUAUUUCAAGGAAAUUUUGGAAAGUGCUAUAGAGCUGUGCAAAUUCCCUCCUAUUCCCAAUGCCAUAUGUCGACUUGACAAGUGCCACGGCUCUUUGAAAGCUGAAAUCUACUUCACUGACCCAGAUUUUAAGGGCUUCAUUCAAAUCUGUUGCUGUCAGAGCUGUACUGUUGAAUACCACAUCACCUGUUGGAAGAGCCUGAAGACAUCAGUCUUCUCUGAAAAGAAUGAAAAGGAUAUCUUGCAAGAAGCAUGUCUGACCCCAGACUGUGUCGGCCAAAUCUUUAGUAUAAAAAUCACUGGUCCCACAGGCCUGUUGAAGUGUAAGUUUGAAGCUGCCAUCACCAAACCACAGACUCUCAAGAAGCCAAAAGUGAAUCAGAAAUGUACAAGUCUGGUGAAGUUGAAAUUAAAGGCUGAGAACAGGCUCAAGAGGAAGCAGCAUAAGCAGUCAUUUCAAGAUAAUCAGACGAUCAAUGACGAGAUCCUGACGCUGGACGACAUCUCUGCCGCUCCAAGUGAACAGAAAGCCUGGUUGCUGUACAGGGAUCGAGUUCUUCUGCAGAUCAGCCAGAACAUGGAGUUGCUGAGGGAGCAGCGGGACCUCCAGCCGUUGGCACUGACGAGCAGCCUGCAGCCCUGGCUGGAGCUGGACUCGAAGAGGGGGAACCGGCUCGCCGAGAGGAUGCUGAACUGGCAGCAGGAGUCGCUGGAGACUUUUGCUCAGGCCGUCGAGGUCCUAUUAGAGAGGAAGAAUCGGGUUUGGGCUCGUGUCCUGAUCCAACUACUCAGUAGCAGUAUGGAUAUCAAUCCCAAACUCAACAAAUGGGCAUGUCAGCUCAACGAUGCAGGCCUGAAUGCUGCCAAAACCUUCAUCGAGCGCUACGCUGGCGACCUGGAGCAGCUGGACUUGGCUCUUCUGCUCAGCUUCGGCCCCCUGCAGGACGUUAUCAUAACAAGGCUCGGUACAAGGCCGGAGCUUUUAUCAAGCAUGGGCUUGACUGUGACUGAAUACCUAAAACAGGCACCACCGCAUGACAUGAGACUCUUUAUUUGGACUCUGGAGGAGCAUAGGGAUGAGUAUCUCACCUGCCACCCUAUACUGGAUGAAUAUUUUGAUAUGAUGGAUGGACAUUGUUCAGUGUUAAAAAAAUCUGAUGAAACUGAAAAUAAUUCUCCUAUGAAGAAUAAGAGUCGAGGACGGAAAAAAAAACUGAAAGAGCCGAGGGGUGCUUUUGUUUUGUCUGGGAGGAGAAGUGUAACUCCAAGAGAUGACUGGGACCAAGACUUUUAUGAAGAUGACUCUUUGUCAUUGCUCCAAACUGUGGAUCCAUUCAUUGUACCCAGUCACCUUCGAGAGCAAGUGGCUGAUUUUGAGGACCAGUACGACCGUACCCGACACAGAAGUCUCUCUAAAAGGAUUUUGGACAACCACCCUGACCCGGCGAAAGAAAGUUUGUAUGACUACUUUGCCCAGAUUUUGGAGGAGCAUGGUCCCCUGGUUGCUGAGGACCCCCUGCUGGUGGGCGAACUGCAGUUUUUCCCCCAUGUGUCUCAGCUGAAGAUCCAAGAAGCCGGCGGCUUCGAGUCCUUCCUCCUGGAGUCCCUUCGCUUCAUAAAGAUGGGGAGGUGUAUCGGCCUGGCUAAACAUGCCGUUUGCUUGCAGCAGGCGGGACAUGGAGCCAGCCUGGACGACCUGGAUGACAUAGUGGAUCCUGACACAAAACAUUCAGCUCCUGAUUUGCCUCAACCUGUUUUCCCAAGAUAUCAGGACAAAUUUUCAUCUGCUCAGACUGAAGGCUAUCCCAUCUUCCCAAAUCCUUAUACGUUGGGCUUCAAGUCAGCUAGCGGAGUUCCAGCCUCUGUAGUGAAAAAUCCUUUCUUCCAUUGGAGGGAGGAUGACGGUCAACAGCCAUCCGCUUACUUUUUUAUGAAUGGCAGCGGUGACUCAAAUCCACAAGUCACUGAGUCUGAUGUUAGAGUUUUGGAUAUGCAUCUGUCUUCAGGUGGAGUCGCUUCAUUGACAUCUGAGGAAAGCACUUUGAAGAGACAUGCAGCUGUACAGACAUGUGUGGAGAUCAUGAGCAAUGUCGCUGUGAAUACAGAGCUUCAUGAGCGUUUCGAGAACUGCCAGGGUGACAUAAACAGAAAGGAAAAGAGCAACAAGAGCUUGGAGCAGCAGAUCAAAGAAAUGUCGAACGGCUGCGACCAAGUCAACCAAAAACACAAAGCAGACAUCACCUCCCUGGAGGAAGAGAUACGAAAGAUCACCGCCAACAUACAAGUGACCAACAAAGAGCUGGCUCUGUUUCAGCAAAAGCUGGAAGAGGAAGUGAGAAAGGACCAGAAAGAGAAGAAGGCCAACCAGGAAGUAAUGAAGACCAUCAAGCUCGAGAUAGAAGAGUUGGUGGAGGAACAGGGGAGUCUGGCCCGAAACAUCCGAGACAAGAAAGCCGACUAUGACGCAAAGUUGAGCGAUUUUCUCGAGCAGGGCAAUCAGUCAGCGGCAGAGAAGAUGAGUCUGGAGGAUGAGAUCAAGCGCAGCAAAGCCGUGGUUAUCUCAGCAACCAGGAGGUGUCACACUGCUCAGUUGUCAGUAGCGGAGAGCAGUCGGGAUCAGGGCUUAUACAGCCUCUACAGAGAGCUGGCCGAUGCCAAGGCUUUUCUGACCAAACUGGAAGAAGCAGUUCACAGAUUCCCAAACCAAGACCUGGAAAUUUCUAGAAACACCUGCAGAUCCAACGUCCAAGAAAUUGAAAAGAAAAUCUCCACUGCUGAGACACAGUAUCAGGAGCAGAUGGAUCAAGUGAAGAAUGGGAGAAGAGUCGGCGAGUGGCUUACAAGCAACAUAAGCCAGUCUGAGUCUCCAGCACAACUGCGGUCUGCGGCAGCCAAAGACUUGACUCCGCAGCCUUCAGCCCAGGCACCUCACAGCGCCGCCCCGCUCCUCCAGCAGUCUGCAGCUCCACCAGCGGCUGAGGCUCUGGCUGCUCCGCCUCCGCUGCAGCACAAACCUCCAUCCAGGACACUGGAGCCUCCGCACAACAACAUGUUUGAGAGAGCCAUGGAUCGCCUGGCUGCCAUUUUCCCUGACUAUACAAGAUUGGAUUUGAAGAGGUUCGUUCAGGAGCUGCGUUCAUCCAGGGGUGGAAGACUGAGCAGCAUGAUGUUGCAUGAUGUGGUCGAUGGAGUGACCCAGCUGAUCCUGGACCAUCAGGAGUCCCUCGAUUCUGUGAGAUCCAACAUUGCGGGACGUGGGAGUCCAGCUCAGUGUGCUACUCCCCCUUCAGUAAACACAGCUCCGGCCUGGCAGCCGGUCGGAUACCAGAGAGCCACACAUCCCAACGCACUCAACGUGGAGGAUCCCUGCAUCAUCUGUCACGAUGACAUGAGUCCAGAGGACACGUGCGUGCUGGAGUGCAGACACAGCUUCCAUAAAGAGUGUAUAAGGUCUUGGCUGAAGGAGCAGAGCACCUGUCCCACCUGCAGAGAUCACGCCUUGAUGCCUGAAGAUUUCCCUGUGCUGCCCGGCAGGAGACGCCAAGCUCCAUAACGUCUUCACCCUGAUGACUACCUAAAUGUCUGCUAUUACAUUGCUUGCUUUUAUUUUACCUCUUUAUUUCAUUCAUUUCUAAAAACACGCUUAAGCACGCUUUUUUGUGUCAUUAAAAUACUGAUCUGCAGGAAGACGCCAGUUUAUACUUUAAAGAAUAAAACUUUCUUGUGUUUGAGCUUAUCUUUGUCAUGUUCGAUUUUUAUGGAGGCUAAUGCUGCUCUCGUUCUGUAGCACGAGAAGUGUUACAAUGUCUUAAAUGAAUUAUAACUUCAAUGAUCAUUGUGUAAGAAUGUGACAUUUAUUUCAUUGAAAUAUUAAAAUGUUUUUAAAAAUCA